AUGUUCUCGCAAGCGAAGCAGGACUCGCUGUUCUCCCUCAGCAGAGGUCCGAGCGGCAUCGUGGCUAAUGAUAAGACGAGGAACAAGCCUCUCACGCAAGCGGAGAAGUACGAGCAGGCGCUUGUCACGGCAAAAGUGUUUCUGGAGGACAGUCGCGCACGCAUGGCGAAGUCCAUGGACAAGUACAACGCCGUUCUGAACAGCAACUACUGGUUCUAUGGGUACUUUGGUGGCAACAUGGUGGCGACCAUGGCGGCCUGUUUGGCGCUGGGCAACCGCUGGUCCUUUUUUAGGGCCUACAGCGGCUGGAUCUCAGUCUUUGGCGGCUACUUUGGCGGCAAGGCGUGUCUUGGCGCUCACUCGAGCGUGCUGCUCGGUGGCGUCGUGACACAGCUGAAUCACGAGAUCGAAGAGGCGAAGCGGAUGGAUGAGCAGACGAACCACAUCGUGCCAGACUACCUGCGCGAGGCGGACAGACUAACACAGGUGAAGUAUGAGCUGAUGCCGACACUGCCAGAGGCGGUCGAGGCACGUGCCCAUCACACAGAGCGCACCCUCGACGACCGUGCCAACGCACUAAUUGAGGCGUAUAUGAAGCGCAAGGAGGCCCUCGAAAGGAAGUAG